AUGAAGCCAAAGUCAAAUCUAAAAUACACCGGCAAAGAAGGUAGCAGUUGGCAAGGGGAGAUUACCAAUCUGUUGAGCAGCGAAACAAUUACAACAUACAGUGGAGGUUUUAACAAGAAACUGAGUGUUAGAAUCGCUUCAUUGAUUACAGGAUCUCUUUUCCUAUUUUACAUAUUGAGUAGCAUGUUUAGUGGAAAUGGUUCUGGGGACUCGUUAGAAUUAAGGAAGGAGAAACUUCCUGAAAAGCAUGGGUUCUAUUAUCAUGAAAUUGAAGCAUCAAGUCCUUUAAUUUUUCCAAAUGUCGAUCACACUAAAGUAUUAAAAGAUAUUGGUGUAAGAGGUCUAUACAUUUUGAGAAUGGGACCUAAUGACAACAAUCAUUACUACAUUAAAGUAGAUGACAAACCUGUACCGGAAGAGGUUAUUAAAAAGACAACAGACCAAGCAUUCUUAGCUAAGAGAUCCUUUUUAGAUCACGGUAAAUUAGUAUAUCACAAGGGAAAUAGUCCUGAUGUUAUUAUCGUCACUUUAAUUGAUUUUGACAAAUACGAUGAAGCUACGUUAGUUAAAAUUGUUCAAAACAGGGUAGAUUACGGUCAAAAGCAUAAUUACGGUGUAUAUAUUCGUUGGAUUCAAGAAUUUGUCCCUGUACUAGAGAAGCAAGACCUAAAGUCACAGUAUGAUAACAUUAAACCAAUCAUGAUGAGAGCUGCUAUGCACGCUUUCCCAAAUGCUAAACAAUACAUGUACCUUGACGAUGAAGCAUUAUUCAUGGACAUGAAUCUGUCUUUACAGAAACAUAUUUUAGAUCCAUCUGUUAUAGAAAUGUCUUUAUUAAAGGGAGUUCCAGUCACUGCUGGUAGUAAUAUCAACACCUAUCAAAACUUCCAUGCAUCGAACGCAAAGGUAAUUGUUCCACAAGGUCCAGAUGGUAAACUAGAUCUAUCUGCAUUUAUUGUUUCGAAUACCUUCUCUGGCAAAGUAUUCCUUGAAUAUCUAUGUGAACCAUUAGUAAGAAACUAUUCAUUUGAAUCAUUUGAACAUGCUGUUGCUCAUAUAUUACAAUGGCACGCAUACUUAUUGAGCAAAACUGCCGUCGUCGUUCCAAAAUUAUUCGCAAGUAUAUACGAUCCAGAAAAUAAGGCUUUAAACGACGUUUACCACUAUACAGAAGGUGAUUUAUUAAUCUCAUUCAAAGGCUGUGAAGCAAGAGGCACUUGUGCCCAAGAAAUCAGUUUAUUUGCUGAUAAAGCUAAAAAGUAA